AUGGUACAAAACAGAAAAAAGAACAAAAAAUGCCGCAUCCAGAAAAUCAUCCAGCUGCUCGAAAACAACGAAGAAGACGAGCAAAGCCUAAUCCCGCACAUCAUCGAAAUAGAGCAAAUAUUCUUCGAAUGUUUUAACAAUGAAAAUAAAGGAAAACGAAGGAUAAUUAACACGUAUGUCAUUCCGUAUGUAAACUUACUGCUGGAGCGCAUAGAUAAUGGGGAUACAAAAAUUAAUUGCCCCUUUAGAGAAAAAUUGCUAACAAGAAUAUUAACCUUCCUCUCAUCUGUCUUACGGAUUAACAAAAAUUAUGCACACUUAGUUGUCUCCUACUUUGUGAACCUAAUUGAACAAAAGUAUUAUGUUGUAAAAAUUGUUGACCAUUUAAAAAAAAUUAUCAUCCCCUUGUUGAAGGGGCUUAUAUUUUCCAAAGGCUGUUUAUACGACUGUGGAGAUAAUUCCUUGUAUGAUAACUAUGAAGAAAGGGAGGAAGAGAGAAGAAACGAAGUCAAUAACCUCAAACAAGGGUUCCACAAUUAUGUCAUACUGAAAAGCAAAAUUUUUAACAUCCUAACGAACUUCCAUUUCGAUAAAAGUAUAACGGAAAACCCGUACAAAUAUGACUUAAUAAAAAACUUGAUGCUAAUUUUGACCAAGGAAAUUUUAUUUUUCUUUCACAUUUUAAAAAAUAAAAAGAAUAUAUUUAAAGAAAUAUUAAGUGAGCAGAAGCAAGUUCACCAUGUAAUUAACCAAGUGUUCGACAUAGCAUACCUGAAUGUUGUUGCAGACAAGGUUAAUAUGAACAGUUAUGAUGAAAUUAUUAUGAUAUGGCUCGAGCAGGACAUCCGACUGUUAAACGAUUUGAUUCUUUUUAACCUUAGUAAAAAUGGAAAUAAUACCAAUGAUCUUGCCAAGAAUGAAUUAUCGUUAUCUGUGCACAAAAUAAAGGAGGAGUUGGAGGAAAAACCACCCCGUGAUGGUUCCAUCCCCGAGGUCGCUUCCAACCGUGCAAUUGCAAAAAAAGGGGGUAGAAAAAAAAAAUUAAAAUCGGAGCAAAAUGUGAAAAUGGAAUGCAUAAUUAAGCGCGAAAACUACGAGGAAGAAAGUGCCAUAAAGGAAGAGCGUAGUAACAGCGAUGGGGACGUACCCAAGUUGGAAGUUUUUAACAAAUUAAUAGCCCAAUUUAAUGAGGUAUGUGCAGCCGACGAGGGAAAGAAAGAAAGCGCAGGUGAUGGGAAGCAUAUGACCUGCGAAAGUUCGCGCGAAAAUACACACGAAAUUGUGUUCCAAAAUGUGUACGAAAAUGUGUACGAAUGUGCUUACCAAUACGGGGGCGAAGCUGCGCAGGGAGCUCCCCCUUCUGAUACCCCACCCGAGGAAGAAGCACAGGAGGAUUACUACCAACUGGCGAAAAAGUAUAUCAUAAGUACAGACUGUCUAAUAUCCACUAUUGAUCAAAUCACAACGGACAACAUCAUUUUCCUCACGCAUCUGAUGAGAAAUGUGUUUUACCUAAUCCGCGAAGUCCCAUUUGUGUUCAAUUUUUUCCUUAAGAAUAUUUUCAUAAUGGUCAGUGAAUUGGUGCGAAUACGUGGAGGUGUAUCGGAGGCGAAAAAGCGCAUCGACGAGUGUGAAGAGAAUGCCCUUGCAGAGGAUGAUCAGGAUUCCGCCCCCCACGAGGAAACAGGCCCAAGCAUUUAUAAGAAAAAACUGUCUAACUGCAUGGUUCAGUACAUAAAGAACGAACUGUACUUGUUGAUAUGCAGAAGUAGUGUAAAUUUCCCCUUCUACUACGCAUAUGUUACGAGCUUGCUAAACCUGCUGGGGGAAGAAGGGAGCACAGAGGAAUUAGUAAAAAAAAAACAGACAUCCAUAAAGAGCACCCUGUUAGACAUCGAAAAGGAAAAAAAGAAGGUGAACGAAAAUAAUUUCAACUACAAUUGUGAAUAUUUAAAAACAAAUGUUUUGAGGAAGGAUUUCUAUGGGUAUAAGAAAUUAAAGAACGAGCACGUGGACAUCAUGUCCUACUUAAAGGUAAAAAUGAACGAAAGCGAAAAUGAGCAGGAAAACGUGAGCGAAAGUAACAGGAACGAUUUCCUUAAAAAAGAGGAAAAGGAAAAUAUAUUUAUAAAUCAAAUUGUGAAAAAAUUAUAUUUUACAAAUUUUAAACUGGACAAGGAGUAUUAUGAAAGGUUCGACUGCUCCAAAAGGAACAACGUGAAGGAUCUGUUUUGCAGGAGAAGGAAGCGGCCAGACGACGGUAGAGCAGACGUUUGCGAUUUUUAUGCCUACGACCGGGAUGUGUCGCGAAACAGUGAGACUUCCAGCACCAAUAGAGUUAGAAGCAUCACAGCGGAGUUUUGUGAGGCGAAGCUCUCUGUAGGGGAAAACUCUAUUGGAGAAAACCACAGCAAAAAUGCAGACGGAGAGGGAACUCCCAACGGAGAAGACGGAAACCACAUAUUGCCACAUAGCGAAGAAACGAACAAAACGUCAAACGAGAAUAAGAAAGGCACCCAGGCUCACGUUCUCCAAAGGAACUACAAUGAUAUGUACGCCAGCUUCUUAAAGAACGAUCUGAAAUAUUACAACAAUGUUAAAUCGAAUGACAGCAUCCUGGGGACAGUGGAAUUGUAUUACUUUCUCAUUUUUUCACAAAUACUUAACAACAACCUGGAAAAUAAAGUUCCAGUGUUGGGUGAAAAUAUCUUCAUCAAAAGGAUUAAUAAUUUAAAAGUUAUAAAUAACGUAAUUAAGAGGAUAAUUUUAAAUGAUAUGAUGAAGGAAAAGCUGAAAUUUUAUUUCCUCAUUUUGUACCUGGUGAAGAUUAAUACCGUAUGUAUAUUCAAGGGAAAAAUCCCCAGCGAUGUUUUCCUAAAUUACUCCGCCAUAUUUAAAAUUUUUAACAAUUUAUUGUUUUUUUCGUACAUCCAAGAUGAAAAAAAAAAAAAAAAACAGGUAAAAGGGGCAGAUCAGGACAAACGACUAGCAGGUUCCGCACUUCAAAUGCAUUACCAUCGUGAUAAUCACACGUUAGGCUACACAAUCUUCUGCUACAACUAUUUGGAUAAAUUAAAAAAGAAAAUAAAAACAAAAGGAUACGCUUACAGACAAGAACUGCAGAAGAGCAAGUUCAAAGCCAAAUGCAAAUAUGAUGAAAUCUUAAAUAUCAUGAUUUUUUUUUUACAUAAUGAUAAAUUAUUAGCCAACCAUCGAGAUCAGUAUAUUAAAACUUUUAUUGAACAAAUUUUGGAGACCCCGAAGUUGACAUUCUCCUUUUUUAUCUACCUGAUUAUCUGGCUGAACAAUAUAGACGUUCAUAUUGAUUACACUGGCUAUAUUAACAAUUCGAAUAGUGGUCAUAUUUCCCUUUCGGAAGGGGGCGUCAAUAAAAGAGAAAUAAUGAACCAAACUAUGGUGACAGCGGGGUUGAAGGAGGCCCAUGUAAAAAGGGGAGAAAUGUCCAGCGAAGGGGAAGAUGCCAACAUAAACCAGACCAACCAACUGAGAAGCAAAAGAAAGCAAGAUGAACACGACACAGUGGCAAAUGCAGGGGAGUGUCACACGGCGAAUGGUGAUGACCCUCGCUUUGUCGUUGCUUCCGAUGGGGAGAAACCCAAACAUGAAAAGAACUACUCGUUUGAUCAGCACACUUGCAGCGUGUGGUCAGAUGGAUCCGCCUCUCACUUCGAUGUUGAAUUAAGCGGAAGUGAUGACACGGAGGAUUAUGCAAAUGAAGAAAAUAAAGUGGACGCGUUCAAUGCGGAGGAGAAGGAUAAGGCGAGCGACAACAGCCAAGGUGAUGAUUCAUACAAAAGUCUUCAUUCGUCUGAAAGUGAAAGUCUACAAAAUGGUGAGACCGGCGUAGGACAUUCGAGAGGAAACCUUGCCAAUGUAUCAAUCUACAGUAAAGAGAUUGACCAGGGAGAUAACAGUGGCGAAGCAAAUAUAUACAAUGGAAAUAUUUCCAGUGGGGACGAAACGCACAAACGAAGCGGUGUGUAUAAAAUUGUAACAAGGAAGAAUUCCCAUAGAAACAAGAAAAAAAAACACGCUUCUCUCAUCCCAAGCGCGGAAAUCGAAAUGGACGAACCCAUUUUUAACAUCAAUUAUUACAUUAAGUACUCCCCCAAGGUGCAAAGCGCUUCGAAUUAUUAUAUUUUUUGCUUUUCCUUGAUUUCCAAUUUGUUGAAGAAAAAUCAAAACAUAAGAGCGAAGAAAACUAUUUUAGCCAUCUAUAUAAACACGCUAUUUAAAUCUAGCAACGAAAUUAGAAACCUUUUAAAAAAACUCAUCACGGCAGCGAAGGGAAUUUACAACAAUGCGUUAAGCUUUUUUGUUUACACGAAAAGAGUAUACAGAUUUUAUCACCAAGUUUUUAUUUUAUUUUUACUAUACAUUUGUAAUAUGUACAUGCCCCAUUUGAAAAAUGACAUCCUUUUUUUUUCUCACUUUGCCUUUUACCUGUGGCCAAUGAAAUUAAUUAAUUUUGUUCACAAUUUUCUAAUAACCAAUUUUUCUUUUUUCUAUAAUGAUAUUUUGUGCAUAUUUGUGAAUUGUCAAAAUGUCCCAUCCUACGAAAAGCGGAUGCGGUCUUUAAAGAACUAUGAGUUUGUUAAGGAGAAAUUAAGUGAAUACGUCAACGGUCUUGAUCGCCCCGACAUCUUCCAAUCAGUGGAAUGGUUCCUAAAGCAGACGGACUUCUUCAACACUGGUAAGGCGGCUAGCCAGGGGGGCGCAGCGCCAAGUGAGGGGCAUUCCGAGGGGGCGCAAGCACCCGUGGAAGACGCGGAAGAUGGCAGCGAGGAAGGGGGAGAAGAGAAAAAUGCUGCCGAGGAAAAAGACGACGAGGGCGACUACAAACACGGAGAAGACACCGACGAGAAGUACCACCACGAGGAAUCCCAGGAAUGCCUGCACAAGAACGAAAUUUCGCAGAAAAUUCUGCUCGAAGAAAUUUUCGUUCGGCUGUUCAUGCAAGCAGUAGAUCUACUGGAAGACAACAAAAUGGUCGACAGAAUGAAAAAACGAAACGUCUUCCUAAACUUUGUGAGUAUUCAUUACGUGGAUGCCUUGUGCAAAUUUGUCCUCACGAAGGUAGGAAAGGUAUACCAGAAAAACAGAGCCCAGUUUUGGGCCUACUUUUCCACACUUCUUAACCAAUCACCAGAAGACGAUAAAAAAAAAAUCGCUGACGAGGAGGACAGAAGUGUAGAAUUGCGUGACAUUUUACACUUUUUCCUCAACGCAAUUGAUAACUUCCUAAGCAUCUGCGUCAGAUCCUCCAUAUUUUUUCACCUCUACUUGAACACAUAUGCCAAUUGUGUAAAAAAAGAAGUGAGGACAAUUUUGUUGACCAAGUUUGUAGCCUCCCUCCCCCUGUUAAAGUCCCUUUUCCAUGAGGAGUUUUUUAGGAUUUUGAAAUAUAAUAAUAACAAGUGGAGUGAGCAGAAUGUGGAGAAGGGAAAAGAAGUUGGUGAGAAGAAACAGGAAGACGAAGCUGCUUCUUCCGAAACGAAUGUCAUAAGAGACAGUGUGGAACACGCCGAGCAGGGAAAAGACACGCAGAAUGAACAGAAAAAGGAAGACAAAAAUGAAGACAAAAAUGAACAGAAAAAUCAACAGAAAAAAGAACACAAAAAUGAACACAAAAAUGAACACAAAAAUGAACACAAAAAUGAACACAAAAAUGAACACAAAAAUGAACACAAAAAUGAUAUUACAAAAGGGGAAGAGACGGACGCGAAUAACGAAAACAGCUCCUUCCAAGUUAAUAUAGAAAUUAUAAAAUACGUAAGUCGAAAUUUGAGUGAAUACACAACCGCAUCGUCUGUUCCCACGUGGGAAAGUCGCACAAAUUUUCUUAAUUUCUGCUACAAUUUGUACUUGGAAAAUAACAACGUAUUUUUUAUUAUCGAAUUGAUUGCCUUUUUGAAGAAGGAACAAACCAUGCAUAUAUUUAAUGAAAUAAUUAAAAAUGAUAUGGACGAAAGUACCAAAGUGGACCUCCUCAAAUUCUGCAUCAACAAAAUUGUAAAGUUACCAUAUUUUUACAUUGUCGAAAAGCAAAAUGAAAGUGAAAAUGAAUCCUACUACAUCACGAAUAUUGAAAUUUUUUACUUUUAUUACAACUUGAAUAGAAAUAAAAAUAUCCAGAAAAUUAUGCUGGACUAUUUUGUCACCAAAGUGAACUUACACACUAUUGAUGAUCAGGAAAACAAAAUGUUCAACGAUAUUACAAUAAAAGAUUUGGCCAAUAUAAUUCAGCAGAUUGCGGAAAAUAGCAAUGCCAUAAUCCCCAUUUAUGGCAGAUUCCUAUGUCAGAUUAGCAAAAAUAUUAACAUUCUGCGCGAAUUCAUAAGUAGUAUUAUUAUCCCCCUCUUGAUACAAAAAAAAAUUUGGAACAACAAGGUUAUAUGGAAGGGCUGUUUGAUGUGCAUAUCGAUGUUGUGGCCCGAUUUCAAGCACUCCCUUUUUUACGUUUUUUUUAUGUUGCCCGCGGACGAAUGUACCACGCUGUUCAACGCCCUAAAGCAGAAGUACCCCCUCACCAGCGACCUCAUCGAGCUGAUCUCGUCCAACGAGCAAGUUAAUCACCCCCAUUUUUCCAUCCGACUAUUUGUGCAGACGAGGCGCUUGUGCCCGGAACAUUUGAAGAAUCUGCUAAACACCUGA